UUUUUGUUCUUUCCACUUACAAACUUUUCCCAGUUUUUAACACUCCCAAUACUUUUCUUCUUUCCCUCAUGUCAUUUCCAUCAAAUUUCCUUGCACUAAGAAACAUACCAAAUUCCAACAUAUCUCGAAAAUACUAUCAUUUCAUUUCCACCUUUAUUGAUAUUCUUAUAUUAUUAUUAUUAUUAUUAUUCUCUUCCACCUCAACAAACACAAUAAAAUUAACACUCAUCAUCCACACCCCAAAUACAUGAUAUUAUAGUACUGGAAGCUAAAUAAAAUUUACAAACAAACAUGUUCAGGUAUGAAUACACAACCACCACUUUCUUACUCUUGUUUUUGUUCUGUCCAAUGGUUAUGUCUUUGCUCUCUCGAAACCAAACAAAAACCAUGAUCAAUCUCUCCAAUCAUCUUAAUGUCUCUGAUUGGAAUACAAACAACAAAGACUCCAACCCAUGUACAUGGAAUGGUGUCACCUGUGAUAUUUCAAAUUCAUCUGUCAUCAAGAUUGUUCUAUCUGGUUCAUCUCUCUCAUCACAAUCACUUCCUUUGCUUUGCAAAAUUGAAACUUUGCAGGACAUUGAUGUCUCUAAUAACCAUCUCAGCUAUAUCCCAAAUGAGUUCAUUGAUGCAUGUGGAAAUAUUGAGAGUUUAAAGCUGUUAAAUUUCAGUGGAAAUGUGUUGACUGACUUUUUGCCUACUUUUCAUGGUUUUGAUGCAUUGGAAUCACUUGACAUGUCGUUUAAUGAUUUAAAGGGUAGCAUUUAUUUGCAGUUAGAUGAAAUGGUUAGUCUAAAGUUUCUGAAUCUUAGUAAUAAUAAUUUCACUGGGAAACUUCCAACUAAUUUGGGAAGUUCCAUGGUUUUGGAGCAGCUUGUGCUUUCAAACAAUGGUUUUGAAGGAACAAUCCCUCAUCAAAUUUUGAGCUACAAAAAUUUGACUGUGAUUGAUUUUAUGGCAAAUAAUCUUUCCGGGUCUAUUCCUUUCAAUAUUGGAAACCUUUCCAAGUUGGAAAUUUUGAGUCUUUCCUCUAAUAGGCUCAGUGGCGAAAUCCCCAUGUCACUCAUGAAUAUCACCACUCUGGUAAGAUUUGCAGCUAAUCUAAACACCUUUACUGGUGCUGUUCCUCUUGGAAGUACAAAGUUUUUAAAGAAUUUGGAUCUUAGUUAUAAUAAUUUAUCUGAGUCCAUUCCAGAAGGCCUUUUAUCUCCAUCACAGUUAGUGCUUGUAGAUUUGUCUUAUAACAAGUUACAAGGGCAUGUACCUAAAAAUAUUUCUCCUAGUUUAGUAAGGUUGAGAUUAGGGGGAAAUUUGCUGACAGGAGAGGUUCCUUCGCUUAGUUGUGAAGCCGGUCACAAUUUGACAUACAUGGAGCUGGAAAAUAAUCAGUUGACAGGUUUGAUACCUCCUGGAUUAGGUUCUUGCAGGAAAUUAGCUUUGUUGAAUUUAGCUGAUAAUGAAUUGACUGGUGCACUGCCUUCAGAACUUGGUAAUCUUAACAAUCUUCAAGUUUUGAAGGUUCAAAUGAACAAGCUUAAUGGUACUAUCCCAAUUCAAAUUUCACAACUAGUGAAGUUGUCUAUUUUGAAUUUGAGCAAGAAUUCUCUUGAUGGACCUAUUCCAUCUGAUGUGUCAAGCAUGGCAAACCUUACAGUCCUUGACUUGCAAGGUAACAGUCUCAACGGGUCUAUACCGUCAUCCAUUGGAAACUUGGGAAAAAUUCUAGAAAUCCAACUUGGAGAAAACCAGCUAAGUGGUGCUAUUCCACAAAUGUCUUCGAGUCUACAAAUUGCUUUGAAUCUCAGUAGAAAUCACUUUAGUGGAAAUAUUCCUACAAGUUUUGGUGAUUUGGUUAACUUAGAGGUUUUGGAUCUCUCAAAUAACAACUUCUCUGGUGAAAUUCCUCAGUCUCUGACUAGAAUGGCAGCAUUGACACAGCUGCAACUGUCAAACAAUAAGCUAUCAGGUGACCUUCCAUUGUUCGGUUCGUAUGUUAAAAUUGAUAUAAGUGGAACCCAUGUCACGAACAAUAGUAAUGUCUCACCCAACAAUUCUCCAACAGAAGAAAAGAAUGGGAAAUCUGUCGUUGUAGCUGUUCUUAUUGCAAUUGCUGCUGCUAUUUUUGUGGUAGGCCUUGUCACCCUGCUGGUUGUUACGAUAUCACGACACUAUUGCAGUGUUAACGACCAACGCGUACAGUCAAGUGAAGGUGAAAAUCUUGAUCUUCCUCAAGUCAUCAAGAGUAAUCUGUUAACUCCAAAUGGAAUCCACAGAUCAAACAUUGACUUCUCCAAGGCCAUGGAAGCUGUUGCCAAGACGUCCAACGUUACUUUGAAAACCAAGUUUUCAACUUACUAUAAGGCCGUUAUGCCAUCUGGAUCAAUCUAUUUUGCAAAGAAGCUGAACUGGUGUGACAAGAUAUUCCCGGUGAAUAGUAUUGAUAAGUUUGGUAGAGAGCUAGAAGUAUUGGCAAAGUUGAACAAUUCAAAUGUCAUGGUUCCUCUAGCAUAUAUUGUGUCCACUAACAAUGCUUAUAUAUUAUACGAGUUUGUCUCGAAUGGCUCGCUCUUUGACGCGCUUCAUGGAAGCAUGGAAAACUCUUUAGAUUGGGCUAGCAGAUAUAGUAUAGCAGUUGGUGUGGCUCAAGGUCUCUCUUUUCUGCAUGGAUUUGCCUCUGGUCCAAUACUUCUACUUGAUUUGUCAAGUAAAAGUAUUAUGCUGAAAUCGCUAAAGGAGCCUCUAGUUGGUGACAUUGAACACUACAAAGUGAUUGAUCCUUCAAAGAGUACUGGAAGUUUUUCUGCAGUUGCUGGUUCUGUUGGAUACAUUCCUCCAGAGUAUGCAUACACAAUGAGAGUAACAAUGGCAGGGAAUAUCUAUAGCUUUGGGGUCAUUCUACUGGAAUUACUGACAGGCAAACCUGCAGUGACUGAGGGAACUGAAUUGGUCAAGUGGGUUUCGCGCAAUUCAAGAAAUCAAGAUUUCAUUCUUGACUCUAAUGUUAGUAGAACAUCUCAGGCUGUUAGAAACCAAAUGCUUGCAAUUCUGGAGAUUGCUCUUGUUUGUGUAAGCACAUCGCCUGAAACAAGACCAAAGAUGAAGACUGUGCUAAGGAUGUUGCUUAAUGCCAGAUAAAAUCAUAUUCUCAUGGGUGAAAUUAAAUCUUCAAAGAUUUUGUUUUGGGUGGUGCAUUGCAUAUACAAAAGAUAUAGAAUAUCUAAUAGGAGGAAUCUUGCUCAAUCCUUUUAUGGAGCUGCAUUAAUUCAGUUUUUCUUGCUAUUCACGGUAUGGUAGCUGUGUGUAAAGUGAACUAGUUUGCUUUCUUAGAUAUUUAGCUUAUAUAGUCAUAUAUAUAUAAAUGGUAUUUUUAAA